AUCUUGUGUUGCACCAUCGCCGUUCUUGCUCUAUUUAUCAUAAGCUCCGAUCGGCUUCCCUUGUGUUUAUCCCCAUUGGUAUUCUUAUUUCCAACUGGUAUCGUUUAGAGAUCUUAAUUGUUGGUGUUUUGAGGUAAGUAAUUAAGUAAUUGAUGUUCUGAGGGUUCCCAUUUUGUGGAUUUGAUUGAUUUUCUUUUGGGGAAAGAUGAAUCCGCUGUGUUGUAUUGCUCCGGUGUCGAUUGAGAAGGAUCGGACGAAUUCUCCGUCGUCUGCGGUUGUGAAGCCGCAGUCUGAGUGUCAGUUAGGGUUUGAGAGUUCGGUGAGGAGUGUGAGGCCGGCGAGUUUUUCGGCGCAGGUUUCGUCUGUCGGCACUGAAUCAGACAAUGUGAUUCAUGAAGUCGAGGAUAGUGAGAUUGAAGUUAGGGAAAAGGAUUCUUCGAUUUCGAAGUCGAUGGGUUUUUGUGGGAAUGGUGGUGGGGUUGUAGCUGGGAUUUUGUAUAAAUGGGUGAACUAUGGAAAAGGAUGGAGAUCGAGAUGGUUUACAUUGGAAGAUGGGGUGUUGUCUUACUAUAAAACUCAUGGACCUGAUAAGAUCGUGGUAAGUCCGGUGAGAGAGAAAGGCAUUAAGGUAAUCGGAGAGGAGUCCAUAAGGUAUUUGAGGAAAUGCAGCAAUGGGAGCAAUCACAAUCGCUUAGGUGCAAAACAAUGGAAACCAUAUGGGGAGAUACAUUUGAAGGUCUCUUCUGUAAGAGCAAGCAAGUCAGACGACAAAAGACUAUCUAUAUUUUCCGGAACAAAAACUCUCCACUUACGGUGCAUAUCUAGAGAUGACAGAGCUGCAUGGAUCGAGUCCCUUCUAGCUGCUAAGGAUAAAUUCCCUAGAUUGUCUACAGGGGAUCUUGCUCCCUCCGAAGACAUGGUUAUUUCGACAGAUAAGCUACGAUCACGAUUGUCUCAGGAAGGCAUAACAGAGGAAGUAAUCAAAGAUUGUGAGUCUAUUAUGUUGGGUGAACUCGCUGCCCUGCAAAACCAAAUGAAGGCUCUUCAGCUUAAACAUAUUGUGCUCCUCGACACAUUGAGACAAUUAGAGACUGAGAAAAUUGAGCUGGAAACAACUGUGGUUGAUGAAACAAAAGAGCGGGAUUCUUCUUGUGGGCAAGAUAGAAGAUUCAGUGAUUUCUAUUCCAUCAUGUCUGAGGGGAGUGGAACCGAUUCAGACGCAGACAAUGAAAGCCGAUAUGGAGUGGACAUUGAAUCAGAUGAAGAGAACGGAACCUUUUUUGACACAAAUGAAUUCAUGUCGGCUGAUGUUUUAAGAUGUGCAUCCUAUCGGAGUAGAGAAAGUACAGGAAAUGGAUCUACUUCUUUGGGAAAUGAAAAGGACUCGUUCUUAUCUGGUCGUCUACGAGGGGCUGGAACUGAAAUCAAUCUAAUUCAGUAUCCUUCCAUCAAAAGGAGGGACAGUUUACCUGAACCAAAGGAAAAAGAAAAGCCGGUUGGUUUAUGGUCUAUAAUCAAAGAUAAUAUUGGAAAGGACCUGUCUGGUGUUUGCCUCCCUGUUUACUUUAACGAGCCACUCUCUUCAUUGCAAAAAUGCUUUGAGGAUUUGGAAUAUUCUUGUUUGGUUGACCGAGCAUUGGAAUGGGGAAAGAAGGUCAGGUACUCAACCUAUGCUUAUUCAUGUUCGACUGAACUCGAAGUUGUACUUAUGCAGGGGAAUGAUUUGAUGAGAAUAUUAAGCAUUGCGGCUUUUGCUGUUUCUGGUUAUGCAUCAACGGAAGGUCGACAAUGCAAACCCUUCAACCCUCUUCUUGGAGAGACAUAUGAAGCGGAUUAUCCGGAUAAGGGCUUACGAUUCUUUUCUGAAAAGGUCAGUCACCAUCCAAUGAUUGUUGCAUGCCACUGUGAGGGCAGAGGCUGGAAAUUCUGGGCAGAUUCGAACCUCAAGGGCAAGUUUUGGGGCCGUUCUAUUCAGCUCGAUCCUGUGGGUGUCCUUACCCUACAGUUUGAGGAUGGCGAAACAUUUCAAUGGAGCAAGGUCACUACUUCCAUAUACAACAUCAUUCUUGGAAAAAUCUAUUGCGAUCACUAUGGUACUAUGCGUAUAAAGGGUAGUGGCAAUUACUCUUGCAAACUCAAGUUCAAGGAGCAGUCGAUUAUAGACAGAAAUCCACAUCAGGUUCAUGGAUUUGUGCACGAUAACAGAACGGGAGAAAAGGUUGCAAUGUUGAUGGGAAAGUGGGAUGAGGCUAUGUAUUAUGUUUUGGGAGAUCCAACAACAAAACCGAAAGGGUAUGAUCCCAUGACGGAAGCGGUGUUGCUAUGGGAAAGAGAUAAGUCUACUACUAAAACACGAUACAAUUUCACACCAUUUGCAAUAUCUUUGAACGAAAUAACUCCUGGUUUAAGGGAGAAACUUCCUCCAACUGACUCGAGGCUUAGACCAGACCAGCGGCAUUUGGAGAAUGGCGAAUGUGAACUGGCGAAUGCAGAGAAACUCAGACUAGAGCAAUUACAGAGACAGGCAAGAAAACUGCAAGAACGAGGGUGGCGACCACGGUGGUUCGAAAAGGACGAAGAUGGUUGUUUUCAUUAUGUGGGUGGAUACUGGGAAACAAGAGAGAAGAAAGCUUGGGAUGGGAUUCCAGAUAUAUUUGGGCAGAGUGUUGAGUGUGCAGCAGGGGGAGGAGGAGGAGAUUUGGCAUAAUAGCAGGUGAUAUGCUUAGUUUUCUUUCAUGACUUUUAGUGUUUGAAUUCAGGCUGCAUGCUACUACCAAAUAUCUAUAUCUAUAUCUAUAUCUAUAUAUAUAAGUAAUUUCUAUAA